CCUCACUAAAAAAAUGACAAUAUGCGGGAUUGUAGACGUGUAAUGGAUAGAAAAAUGUAUCACAUUGUUCUUUAUUUCGUUAUUUUUAUUCAUUUUGAUUAUUUGACAGCUUCGGGAACUGACGGAACUAUUGACUUUUCUAAGUAUCAUCAUUAUGAGGAACUGUCAAAGUUUCUUCAUGACAUGGCGUCUAAAUACCCUAAAAUAUCUCGACUUCAUACCAUCGGUAAAAGUGUGAAAAACAGAGACUUACUUGCUCUUCAGAUAACAGACAACAUAGAAGGAGUGGAACCUGGUGAACCUAUGUUCAAAUACGUUGGCAACAUGCACGGAAACGAAGCGAUAGGGAGGGAAAUUCUCAUUUAUCUCAUCCAAUAUCUCCUUGAACACUAUGAAAAAGAUGAUAGAGUCACUGCUUUGGUGAAAAAUACAAACAUUUAUAUCAUGCCCACCAUGAAUCCUGAUGGUUUUGAAAAUGCAGUUGAAGGUCAAUGUGAUGGAGAGGUUGGGAGGGCAAAUCAAAAUAAUGUGGAUCUUAACAGAAAUUUCCCUGAUCAGUUUGAUGGAAACCCAAAGAAUCAUGAAAUACAACCAGAAACCAAAGCAUUGAUAGAUUGGAUUGAAGGACAAAAGUUUGUUCUUUCCGCAAAUCUUCAUGGGGGGAGUGUAGUGGCUAGUUAUCCUUUUGAUGAUUCCGCUGACCAUAGGAUGAGUGGAGAGUAUAGUGCGGCUCCAGAUGAUGCUGUAUUCAAACAACUUGCACAUGUUUAUGCUAACAACCAUAAAACAAUGAAGUCUGGGAGACACUGUGGAGAUAACUUUCCAGAUGGUGUUACUAAUGGUGCACAUUGGUAUGAUGUCCCAGGUGGAAUGGAAGACUACAAUUAUCUCCACAGUAAUUGUAUGGAGAUUACCAUUGAGCUGUCUUGUUGUAAAUAUCCUAAAGCAUCCCAUCUGAAAGAAGAAUGGUACAACAAUAAAGAGUCAUUGUUGUCCUUCAUGGAACAGGUGCAUAAAGGAGUAAAAGGGUUUGUCCAGGAUGCAGAGACAAAGAAUGGAUUAAGAAAUGCUGUGAUUAUGGUGGAAGGAAUCAAGCAUAACCUCACCUCCUCCUUCUUUGGGGACUACUGGCGACUUCUGGUACCCGGUACUUACAAGAUAACAGCUGUAGCUGCAGGCUACCAACCACAGACAAAAAGUGUGUCCGUGAAUGCUGGACCAGCUACUGAGAUGAGUUUUAUGUUGGUUAAAAGAGCAACUGAUAGGAACAGACUUGGAAAGAUAAUGUCGAAAUGACGACAGUGUUUUGUAUAAAUAUGCUAUUAAAAGUCUGUUGCACUUGCGCAUGCGAGCUCAUC